AUGACCAAGGUCAUCGUUCGGAAGCGUGCUAAGCAUUCCAAGACUCGUUCGGGUUGCCGAAUCUGCCGGUCAGUCGGUCCGAUGAAAUUUUGAAACGUUAACAAUACUAACUUCUACUCAGUUUGCGUCGUAUCAAAUGUGACGAGGGUCGUCCGGCAUGUGACAACUGCCGCCGCGGUGACCGAGCCUGUCUCUACGAUAAUGUCCCAGUGGCUCAGGAUGUCAUCACUCGGAGGAGGCUGGAACCCGCGGUUCGGAGAUACUUCCUGCUGCCGAGUACUGACCUGAGCAGCGGGGAGAAUCUUUCGCUGGAGUAUUUCAGCACUUUUACUGUGCCCUUGUUGCCGCAGAAGCUUUGGUGGGAGCACAUAUCUCUGGAUCUCAGCCGUCAUGAUAGCACUAUUGCACAUGCAGCAGCGGCUCUGGGCUCAAUGCAUCGCGCGUUGGCCAGCCGAGACCAUGCUGGUGCGUUGCAAAUUCAUGGCGAGCAACGUAGCCUUGCCAACAAGCAAUACACGCAAGCUAUAGCCGGGCUGCGGCACUACAUCCAAGAGUGUGCUGUGGAGAAGCGUAUCCUCAAAGAGAGCGAGCUUGUUGUUGUCUUAUUGACUUGUAUACUGUUCUUCUGCUACGAAGCCUUCUCCGGACACGAUGACAAGGCUUCUCUCCAUCUUCGUACAGGCCUCCGAAUCCUCUAUGAGCAGACGCGGAGCGCAGACGCGGUUCCAGAGCCAGGGGACGAUCGGGUGAUUACCACGACGACAACCAUGCGAAGCUAUCUGGAUGCGUUGAAGUACACCUUUGUGUGCUUAGACAACGAUCUGAAUAUGGUUGAUGAAGAGGAGCCGUAUGUCAGUACCACCACUUGUGAAGUAUUGAGGCUGAUUUGGAGCUUCACAGGUAUUUGAGUGCAGUGUGCCUUGAGGAGCUACCGACUUCUUUUCACUCGCUUCAGCAGGCCCACAUACAUCUGGAUUACCUCGCUCAACGGGCAAAUGAGGUGUAUCGUAUGCUGCUUACCAGCUGCGAACAGUAUCUUGAGCAAAACCCAACCAUGGUCACCGAUAUUGACGAGGAUGCAAGAGAGUUUCACAUAGGGUGUGUGUCACGGCUGAUUCCCCUGCACGAUAACGACCCAUUCUGGACUGAAUAUGAAAGCAUUCGUCAAGACCUGAAAUCGUGGCUUUCUGCCUUUGUCUCCGUUCCGACAACUCCAGGACAAAGGUCGGAUCAUCUGCUCUCGCAAAUCUACUUCUUCUACGUCUGGUACCGGGUUGAGACCUGGCGUGAUGCUACCGAAGAGCUCGCGGACCGCUUCGAAGAGCAGUUCCUUCACAUUACACGCCUAGCAGAGGAAUAUCUCAGCCUUCACAUGGGACAAACGCAGUAUGUGGCCAACAGAGAUGACGGUGGAAGAUCCGAAUCCACCGUCUACAGCACGCCUCCGCUCUUCAGCUUCGGCACGGGCUUUGUCACCACCAUGAUGCUCGUCGCGAUCAAAUGCCGAAUCUCUGCGGUGCGACGACGAUGCGUUGCCGUCAUCCGGUCGAUCAACCUGCAAGGCUUCUUCGACAGUGCAUAUCUCGCGUCGUAUUUGGAAGCUAUAAUGCAACUCGAAGAACAACAAGCUCUGAAACAUCACGCCUCUGGAGCCCUUGGGAUUCCAUCCGAGCUCCAGGCCGGCGAUGUUCCCGAGCGAGCACGCAUAUUUGAGCCAAUGAUGUUACCCAGGAGACAUGUCGAGCAGACCAACUUCUACACGCUGGAUCAUGGCGAGAUGAUGAUCGCUCAUUUUGCCGAAGGAUCUAGCAACUCUUUGGUCGUCAGCAGCAGACCUUUCGCGAGAGAUCCAAGCCAGUCAGCAGGGACUUCGAAAUCGCUGUAG